CCGACCGUUGCCGAAGCCAGCAGUGACAUCUUCUUGUCAGUCGGCAGUUGCGUUCGGCUGCGUGUAAAUCGUGUGCCGGAGUCAUAGUCUGUGCCGGCAGUACGAACGAUCAUCAUCUGUCCAAAGAGCCUUCGGGACCACAAAUCUGGACAAUUUCGACAAGAAACGCAUCAUUGCCGAAGUUCGACCGUCGAUCGAGCUUUCGAGGGAUCAACGGCGUUUCGCCAGCGCUAAAUCCUGCAUGUUCUCGAGUUCCGCGCGUUCAACAUGAAACACUGUCUGUCGGUUCUGCUGGUCGCGCUGACCUGCUGUCAUCUUGGCAGCGGUCUCCGAAUACUUGGCAUGUUCCCGCUGAAUGGGCACAGUCAUUGGGUGAUGGCGGAGCGUCUUAUGCUGGCGUUGGCGGAACGCGGGCACCAGGUCGACGUGGUCACGCACUUCCCCAUGAAGAAAACACCGCCGAAUUACACGCAAUUCUCGUUGGACGGGUCCUUGAAAGCGGUGAAAAAUAAUAUAGAUGCGAAAACCGCCGCCGAGUUCGGCAAAUUGAACUUCGACAAGCUGGUCUCGAUGGCUGGCGUGGACAUUUGCGACCUACUCUCUCACGAGAAUAUCCAGCGGUUUAUCAAGAAUCCGCCUAAUGACCCGCCGUACGAUCUCGUCGUUAUCGAGGUGUUCAUGGCCCCGUGCUACCUCGCGUUCGGCCGUCAUCUGAACGUUCCCAUCGUCAGCAUCACGACCUCUGCUUUCAGCGACUGGCUCGAAGACGUCACAGGAAAUCCGCAUAAUCCCGCCUUCGUCCCGAGCAUAUUCAGCAGUUUCGGCCAGCGCAUGGGUUUCUGGGACAGGCUGUUGAAUACCGUUUUGUCGAACUACGUGGCGUACGAGCUGAACUCCCGCAUGGACUGGAUGUCGAAACACGUGAAGGAUCACUUCGGCAUCGAUGUAGGCGCCCGCGAUCUUCACAAGGACAUAGGCCUCUACCUGGUCAACUCGCAUCACAGCUUGAACGGCAUCAGACCGAACAGCAACGGGGUCGUCGAAGUCGGUGGUCUGCACGUCACGGAAAAUGGCAACCCGCUCUCCCCGGAGGUGGAGAAGUGGCUGGACGAAAGCACGCACGGUUGCAUAUACUUCACGUUCGGUUCGAUGAUCAGGAUAGAGACGUUCCCGGAGCCUACCCUCAGAGCGAUCUACACUGUUUUCGAAAACAUCGCGCCAAUAAGAGUGUUGAUGAAGGUCGCGAAGAAGGAGGACCUGCUACCGGGGCUGCCGAAGAACGUGAUGGUGCAACCUUGGUUCCCGCAAGUGACCGUCUUCAAACACAAGAACAUAAAGGCGUUCAUAACGCACGGUGGUCUUAUGGGUCUCCAAGAAGCGGUCUACUUUGGGAUUCCGUUGGUUGGCGUGCCCAUCUUUGGUGAUCAGAGCACGAACCUGAAGAACGUCGCUGCCAAGAAAUUGGCAGUGUCUCUUUCGUCGCCGGAUAAUAUCACCGUCGAGACGCUCUCCUAUGCGCUCGAUAAAAUCUUGAACGACGACGAGUAUCGAACGAACAUGAAGCGAGUCUCGACCCUAUUCAAGGACCGUCCGAUGAAGGCCAUAGACACCGCGAUUUAUUGGGUGGAGUACGUCGGCAGACACGGGAACAUCCUGCGAUCGCCAGCCAUUCAUCUCGCCUGGUGGCAACAAAAACUCCUGGACGUUUACGGGUUCCUGUUGGCUUGCCUUCUGAUUGUGAUCCUCGUCGUUGUUUACGUACUACGGAAGAUAACCAGGCUGGUGUUCGGCUGUAAAUCGUGUUCGAAGACGAGCAGCGGCAAAACGUCCGAGUCGAAGAAACGGAAGUGAGAGGAUGUCGCAGCGGGAGUGCCGAUUGUUGGUCGAUCGGGGACCAACCGGAAGCGUCUAUCGCAGUCGAACGAAAUCGUUCGACGAAAUAGAAACAACGCCUAUCGACGAUGUUCACGUUGAACAGGCGACAACGCGAGCCAAUAGGACGAGAAUUUACGAGUUCCGACGGCUGGCCUGACCAUCCGCAAGCGCACUGUCUGCUGCCAAUUUUCAAUGCUCGUAUGCAGUUGUACAUAAGCAUAAAUAGGUCUUUCUUUUUUAUACCGGAGCAUGUAGCGGCGAUUCAAUAAAUAUAAUAAAUUUUGUACGUUCGUGGCGUGGGUGUGACACCUCCAAUCGA